AUGUCGCCAAAAAGGAGCUUCCAUGGAGAAAUGGAGAACUGCUCAUCCUUGUACACCUGCCCAGACACUACCGGAAACUGCUUCCACAUGGAGUCUCGAACAGCUAUCUGCACUUGCGCAUCCGAAGGCUUGAACGCGUGGAAGGUAGCAUCAAGAAAUUCCAGCGUGGCACGGUUGGUGGUUUGGCCUUCAACGACAGCAGCACGGGCACGUUUGCGCAACAACGGAAGCCAUCCGGGGACCCAAGAUGGAGGACUCCAGCCGCCUCUUGCUCGUGCUGCCUCCAACAACGACUUCAAGCACGAUCUGCAAGCCCCCCGGCAGGCCUCUUCACGCCCUGCACAUGGUUGUGGAGUGGACAAGGACUACAGUCGGUCGGCGGCUCCUGCGUCUAAGAGCUGGAAGAACCGUUGGGGUGACCAAGAUUCGACCACUGCCGCUCCACUCAGUCUUCGCGAGGGCGCGGCACCGGAGAUGGCGGGCGAGGGCAAGCCGUGGGGACCCAGCCUACCAGGUCUUCGCCGGCGGGCCGCCACCGCCGGAGCAGGAGUCGGAGCGCAGAACGUCAACAGCGCACCAAUGCUUCGUCUAGGCGUGGGCGCAGCCGGAGCGGAGACCGUCGUGGGAGAAACACGCCGUCGUCUAGGCGUAGCCGCAGCCGGAGCCAGAACCGGAGCGGGGGCAACAGCAGGGCGACCAGCACUGACAACAGUCGCGGUGGAAAAGGGGGACGGAAGUCAGGCCACGGUAACAGGCAAGUCAUGCAUGAUCGGGGUGGUUUUCUUGGCUCUGGAUUGUUGGGGGAAAAUAUGGAUGUGA